CUCAGAGUGAAAUCUCCCUGGAGUAGCCUGAGCCAAGUGCCCCAAGGCCCCUGCUCCCCUGGGAUGAUCAGAGAUGCUGUCCUGGGAGGCAGCAUUUGGAUUGGUCCUUGAAGGAUGCAGGGUGGGCAUAGAGAUCUGGGAAGAGAUUUUGUGUGGAGUGGAGAGGGGCUCCGGUUAGGGGGAAUAGGAUGGGCAGUAGGAGAUGCCUUGGAGGCCCUGCCGCAAGCUCUGCUCUGGUUCUGGGGACUGAGAGAAAUGCCAGGCCUUUUACCCAUAAUACAUUUACUUCUUAAGAUUCCUGUAAGGUAGGUGUGAAAACCCGAGGUGAAAUAGCCUGCAUGCGUUCAUCCCUAAUCAGUUCAGCUGGGAUUUACACUUGAGCUGAUGCCUCCAGAACUCCUUCGACUGUUCUUGGUGCUGCUCUUGGAAGAAUUUAGGCAGAGCGGGGACAAGAUCAGUUUUGCCCUUUAGAAAGAGUCCUCUGGCAGCUGUGUGUAGGAGGGAGUGCAGGGGGAAAAGGCCAGUGAGGAGCCCCCAGCAAGGGUGCUGGCAAGAGGGGCUACUGAAAGCCUUAGGGGGUAAAUGGGUUGGUAUAGGAGCCUCUGAGACCACAAGAGAAGGGUGGAGUGUUCUUAGCUUUAGGAAGGACAUAGGUAGGGAGGGGUUGAGUGGUCAUGGGGUUGGAGGGACCUGCCCAUGCAAACCCCAGAUACAGUUCAUUUGGCCCCUUUGUGACCAUCAAUACUGUGCAUAAUGCCCCAGGCACUGAAGGUUGAUGGUACAGAGAGGCAGAAUUGGGCAACCUGUCAUCUCAGGUGCUCGAGCUGAUGCCAUGAGGCUGCCUGUGCAGACCACACUCAGCUACCUGGGCCAGCUCAGGACCCGGACCCAUACACGAAGCUCAAACCCUUCCUCUGGGCUCAGUUUCUGCCUGUCAGGGAAACAUCUUUGUCCCUCUUUGCCCCUCUUUGUCCUGCCAGCUCCCUGCUGGGGUUUUGAGAAAAGAAGCUGCAGCAGCCUAAACUUGGGAGAGGCAAGGGGCAGGGAACAUUUGCAUGAGGUUGAUCAUGACAGGUUAGAAAUGGCAAUUCCCUCUUUGGGGAACGAGGCCCCAGGGAGAGCUGCUGUGAGUUGACAAUCAAAGAUUCCCCAGAUAGAGCAGGAGAUGGUCCCGGGAGACAGUCCUGGGAACACCUCAUUUCCAACUAGGUCUCUGGGCAUUGAGCUUGUCUGGAGACCACACACAUUCCAGGGAAAUAGUGGGGCAGAGUGGCAUACAAUCAGCCCCAACCUAUGGUAGGUUCUUCUUCCCUGAAUCUCAGAGAAGGUAGUACUGCAUGUUUGUAAUGCACCGUACAGCUCAUAAAGCACCUUCGCAAACAUUAUCCUCUGUCACUGUCAUGAUCAAUGUGAUCACUUCUGAAGUUUGCGCCUGCCCACAUCCAGGCAUCUGGUGUAGACCCCUUGCCUAGAUCUCUAAUCUCGCUAUUGGCACCUUCCUUCACCAUAUCAACAUACUCAGGUUUCUACCAUGCUUAAUUUAAAAUUAGAAAAGAGCCUUUGGAUCCCAAACCACCUUAAACUACUGUCUUCUCUGACCUUGUCUUUUAGCAGAGAACUCUCCCGUCUUUCCCUCCAGAUCCGUCUACUCCUCUAGUCUGGCUUUGCUAUUCACCACUUUUCUGAAGCCAUUCUCUCAUAGACACCAGUGAGGUUUCCACCUGCCAAAUCCAGGAUACACCUCCCAAUCCCAAUUUUACCUGGCCUCUUUUUACUACUGGGAGCUGCUCCCACAUUCUCGAAGCCCCCCAGCUUGGUUUGCAGGGCCUGCCUUCUUCUGGCCUCCGUCUUGAGUCCACACUGCCUCCCAGACUUCCGGGGCUCUGCCCCCCCCCCCCCCAGCUCGAUGCUGGGCUCCACCCACACCACCCUUGAAUGCUGACCACCCCAGUCUCUCCUUCCAUCCAGUAGGUGAGAAAGAUCUUUCUCUGGUCCUUCCCAAAGUACCUGUUUCCCCAAACAGUCUCCCUCUGUUUUGUUAAGGGUGUCACACCCACCCUGAUGCCCCAGCUGAGAUUCCUCCCUUGCCCCCACCAUUGAACCCCAUCUCCAUGAAGUUUUGCCUUUUUUCCUCCCAACCCUGCCCAGGCCUUCUCACUGGUUUCAGGCUUCAGGCUACUCAGCCUUCAUCCUUCUAGUCCCCAGCUGCUCCCUACACUGGACCCAAGGAUGCUGAGAAGGGGGUCAUGCUUAGGGUGGGAGGGGGAUUUCUGAGUUGAAGGGUAGCUGGGCUGGAGUAUGUGGGGAGUGGGGGCAGUGCAGGAACUAGAGUCAGACAUGAGAGGUAAGAAGGCACUCACUCUCAGGGUCCUGCAUUUACUGAUACUGCACUUAAAAUACUCACUAGGUCCAUCCCUGGCCUCACCCUAGUCUCAGCCCUGCAUGUGGGGACAGACUGGCUCUAGGGAGGGAGGUGGUACAGUACUCUUCUCCAUCCCUGGGGGGCAGAUGCUGAGAGAAUGGAAUUUUACAAAGGCAGUGGGGACUGGCUUGGUGGUGAACUUCCCAACCACUUAAAGCUGUAAUUCCAGGUGUGGUAGCCAAAAGACUCCUGAAGGGCAAGAUUUUUGUCAGGAUCCCCUGGUCUGGGGCCUAAUAGCAAGGCCACGGCAUGAGAAUAGGCAUCUGGGUAGAAGACAGUCUGAGGGGCACUGAGGUGCCACCUGGACCCCUUCAUCUUCGUAGAGAAGGAGGCCUCCUUGCCUGGUUUCUCAUGGGAGUAGAGGGUAAAAGCCUGAAGGGUGCCCCUGCCACCUCUGACAAACGUAUUUGAGGGUCUACAUCCACGGCUGGCACUGCCUGGUGCCUUUGCCUCGCUAGAUUAUGCGGAUCUCUGGGGCAGGUGUUUCCAGGUGUGGAUUUGAGACAAAAGAACCAGGAAGCGGGGCCUCCCAGAGCACAGAGGAGAAAACUGCAGUCCGGGAUGGCUCAGUCGGCCCGUCCAAAGUCGCACAGCUGGUUCGGGCCGAGCCCCGACUGCGAGAGUGAGGCACAUGGCCCCUGCAGACCGGGCCUCGGAGGGUCCCAGGCUUGAGGACCCGUCGGCCCCCCACCCCCUUGGAAAGGCAAGGAGAGGAGCCUGCGCUGGUAGUGAGCCUCCACUUCUUCCCUUGACUGCAACACCCUAGUGCCCCCUUGGCUUAGUCAUGGCGAAGCUGGAGACACUGCCUGUGCGUGCUGACCCAGGGCGGGAUCCUCUCCUGGCCUUUGCCCCUCGGCCCUCUGAGCUCGGACCCCCAGACCCUCGCCUGGCCAUGGGCAGUGUGGGCAGUGGGGUGGCCCAUGCCCAGGAGUUCGCCAUGAAGAGUGUGGGCACCCGCACAGGGGGUGGGGGCAGCCAGGGCAGUUUCCCCGGCCCCCGCAGCAGUGGUGGUGGGGCGAGCAGGGAGAGGCCAGGCCGCUACCCCUCAGAAGACAAGGCUCUCGCCAACUCCCUCUACCUCAACGGCGAGCUGCGGGGCAGUGACCACACUGAUGUCUGCGGCAAUGUGGUGGGCAGCAGUGGUGGCAGUAGCAGCAGCGGUGGCAGUGACAAGGCCCCACCACAGUAUCGUGAGCCCAGCCAUCCGCCCAAGCUCCUGGCCACCUCUGGCAAGCUAGACCAGUGCUCAGAGCCGCUAGUUCGGCCUUCAGCCUUCAAGCCCGUUGUACCCAAGAACUUCCACUCCAUGCAGAACUUGUGCCCCCCGCAAACCAAUGGUACUCCUGAGGGGCGACAGGGUCCUGGUGGUCUCAAGGGCGGACUAGACAAGUCUCGGACCAUGACCCCAGCGGGCGGGGGUGGGGGCGGCCUCUCAGACUCCGGCCGGAACUCACUCACAAGCCUGCCCACCUACAGCUCCAGCUAUAGCCAGCACCUGGCGCCCCUCAGUGCCUCCACCAGCCACAUCAACCGCAUCGGCACUGCCAGCUAUGGUGGUGGCAGCGGCGGCAGCAGCGGUGGUGGCUCGGGCUACCAGGACCUGGGAACCUCCGACAGUGGGCGGGCCUCCAGCAAGAGUGGGUCGUCCUCCUCCAUGGGUCGGCCAGGCCACCUGGGGUCUGGGGAGGGCGGAGGUGGAGGCCUGCCCUUCGCGGCCUGCUCACCACCCUCGCCCAGUGCUCUGAUCCAGGAGCUAGAGGAGCGGCUGUGGGAGAAGGAGCAGGAGGUGGCAGCCCUGCGGCGGAGCCUGGAACAGAGCGAGGCCGCGGUGGCCCAGGUGCUGGAGGAGCGGCAGAAGGCGUGGGAGCGCGAGCUGGCUGAGCUGCGGCAGGGCUGCAGUGGGAAGCUGCAGCAGGUGGCCCGCCGCGCCCAGCGCGCCCAGCAGGGCCUACAGCUGCAGGUGCUGCGACUGCAGCAGGACAAGAAGCAGCUGCAGGAGGAGGCAGCCCGGCUGAUGCGGCAGCGGGAAGAGCUUGAGGACAAGGUGGCCGCCUGCCAGAAGGAGCAGGCUGACUUCCUGCCCCGGAUGGAGGAAACUAAGUGGGAGGUGUGCCAGAAGGCAGGGGAGAUCUCCCUCCUGAAGCAGCAGCUGAAGGACUCGCAGGCCGACGUGUCCCAGAAGCUGAGCGAGAUCGUGGGGCUGCGCUCGCAGCUGCGGGAGGGCCGGGCCUCGCUGCGGGAGAAGGAGGAGCAGCUGCUCAGCCUGAGGGACUCCUUCGGCAGCAAACAGGCCAGCCUGGAGCUGGGUGAGGCCGAGCUGCCCGCGGCCUGCCUCAAACCUGCGCUGACCCCUGUGGACCCGGCGGAGCCCCAGGAUGCCCUGGCCACGUGCGAGAGCGACGAGGCCAAGAUGCGCCGGCAGGCCGGGGUGGCCGCCGCCGCCUCGUUGGUUUCCUUGGACGGGGAGGCGGAUGCUGGCGGGGAGAGCGGGACGCGGGCCCUGCGGCGGGAGGUGGGGAGGCUGCAGGCCGAGCUGGCGGCCGAGCGGCGAGCCCGGGAGCGCCAGGGAGCCAGCUUCGCGGAGGAGCGCCGCGUGUGGCUGGAGGAGAAGGAGAAGGUCAUCGAGUACCAGAAGCAGCUGCAGCUGAGUUACGUGGAGAUGUACCAGCGCAACCAGCAGCUGGAGCGGCGGCUGCGGGAGCGCGGGGCUGCGGGGGGUGCCAGCACGCCCACCCCGCAACACGGCGAGGAGAAGAAAGCCUGGACGCCCUCCCGCCUCGAGCGCAUUGAGUCCACAGAAAUCUGACCCCCCCCCCCACCAACAUGGGCAUGUGGCCUUUUGACAAAUGCCCUGUCAAAGGCCAGAGUCCACAGUGUCUCCUCCCCACCUUCUCUCUUCCCCAUGUCCCCCAUGUCCCCAGACCAAAGAGGUUCUCAAAGCAGCUGUGACCAGACCCCUCCCCUCCCCCCACUGGGGGCCCUCCGGGCCCUAUGGCUGGGCAACCCACUCGGACCCUCCUCCCAAGGAGGGGAUAGAGGGAGGCAGAAUGAGUGGGGGUUGAGGGGCCCAGGCAGCAGGGGGCCCAUGCUCCCCUUAUUAGUGCUGCUUUGUUAGAGAUGGAGAUAGCAGGCCUGAAGUGCCGUGAGGUGCCCCAGCCCCUUGGUAGGUCUGGGCUCCUACUGUUGGCCACCCCGGUGUUCAGUGAUGCUCCCUGUGGUCACCUCCUAGGCCAUGUAGCCUGAGAGGGCCUGCAUGGGAUCUGCUGAAGCUGACAGACCUUGGGCUCCUGGCCUCUCUCCUUCCUGCUCUAUUACCCCUCCCUGGGCAGAUUGGCAGGACAAGUGGGAGCAGAUGGCCUGUCUGUGGUUGAGAGGGCUACUUGCCCAGCCCCUCCCCUGCCAAGGUCUCUUGGGCUUAGGCCUCAGAGCCUGGCCUGGUCCUGAGUGUAUGUCCGUAUGUGCGUAUCAGGCCGGAGGGGAGGCUGGGGUGGAGGUUCAGUGCCCGGGGAAGAUCUGCCCUCCUGUACUUGGGAAGGUUCACCUGGAGGCUUUUUAGCUCUACCCCACCCUUCCGGCCAGGAUCCCACAGGGUGAUAGCCCCAUCUGCUUGGCUCACCCCACACCCAGGGCCACUGUCCGGCUCUAACUACAGCUAGUAAGUGCUACCUGCCUCUCAGGCACUCCCCUCACCCAGUUUCUGAGGUCAUAUGAGUGUCUGUGAUGUCUUCCUGUGUCUUCUCCCACUCGAUUCCCCCAGCCUCCCUCUGCUUUCACGCUCAGAACAUCAUUGUCCUAGGCCGCCUCUUCCCCCAAACCUCACCUUUUCUUCCAGUAGAAAAUUCUGCUUGAUCUUUGGUGCACUGCCCACUUCCAAGCUCCAAUGGGCCCAAGCCUGAGCCAGAGGCCUUUGUUUUGGGGGGCGAGGGGGAUGGUUGUGAUUGCCCUUGAAGGACAAAGCUGACCUGAGAGAAAUACUGACCCCUGAGUUCCCAGGACCCUGGGUUUGCCCAGGGUAGGCCUGCAUGGCCAUCAGUGGGGGCUGGGACAGCAAUGUCACUUCCCUCUCGGUAUCCUCUCAGAGUCUAUCUCCGUAAGACAGGAAGGGAAAGGCAAAUUUCUAAUUCACCAGCAAUAAAAAUUAGAGGAGGCUUGGCCCUCAACCCUUGUAUUUCUCUCUUUUCACUCUCUUCCUCCCACCCCCAAGACUGGGUUUGGAGGGCAGGGUGGAGAGAGCUGGCAACUACUGUGAGCAAGUUCCCCAACCCCUGACCAGCCUCCUCCCAUGACUGGUGACUGUUUAAUGAGCUGUGCGUCCCCCACAAAAACAAGAGUGCCCCUCUGUGUGGCCUCUGUCCCUCUGCACAGCCCCUUCCCGGUGACCCUCACCAGAUCUCUGAACUGGUUGGGGGAGCCAUCCUGGUAAUCACUGCCCAUUCCACUCACCCCUCACUGCACCUGCCCCAGAACCUGGGCCUAGGCCAGAGGGGCAGGGGGAAGAGAAGGCAUUAGUAGGAAAAAAAAUAGAAAAAAAAAAAAAAAAAAUGAACAGACUCAGCUUUGGGACUUCCAACCACAAAAGAAAUUAUAUAUAAAUAUAUAUAAAUAUAUAUCUCUACCAUAUGUGAUGGAAAGACUUCGUUUUCUUUUCCCAAAGAAAUAAAAUGGAGAAAGCCUCUUGAGUGGCA